CGGCCAUGCGACGCGGGUCACCGAUGGCAAUCUCGUAAAUAUCUGAUCACUCCCAACUCAAUCUCUUGUAAACGGAUCGGGGUUUGUGCUUCUUCUAACCUCAGAAGCUCCAAUGGCGGUCGCUCAUCGUCUCUGCUCGACGUCGCCCGCACCUCGUCUCCUCCUUUAUCUCUCAUCAUCUCAAUCGUUUUAUUCCCGUACGCCCUCCUUCCAGAGGAAAACGCCUCGACCGGCACCGCUGGCGUGCCGCUGCUCCAAGAAGAAAGAAGCCAACUUCGCCGAUCAGCUCCUCGACUACAUAGAAGGCGGGCCUAAGUUGAGGAAGUGGUAUGGAGCGCCUGAUUUGCUUCCUAAGGAUGGUGAUCUGGAGGAUGAUGAUGAAUCUUCAGAAAUCGAAGAAACACGCGAUGCUGUGCUGGUCACUGAUGGUGAAAGCGAAAUUGGUCAGAUGGUAAUCCUUUCAUUGAUUCUUAAGCGCCUCCGGAUAAAAGCAAUAGUUAAGGAUAAACGAGCUGCUGCUGAUGCCUUUGGAACUUAUGUUGAGUCAUUGGUUGGAGAUCUGAAUGACAAGACCUUUCUCACAAAGACUCUCAGAGGUGUUCGUUCGAUCAUUUGUGCAUCAGAUGAUGGCUUUUUCUCGGACAUAGCUCGAACAAAAGGUGUAAACCACAUUGUUCUUCUAUCUCAGUUGGCGUAUUAUAAAGGAAGUGGCGGAUUUCAAGCGAUUAUAAAUAGCAAAGCCAGAGAGCUGGCGGAUAGAGAUGAAAAGGCUGUGAUAACGGCUGGUGUUCCAUACACAAUAAUAAGAACUGGCUUGCUGCAGAGCGUUCCUAGUGGCAAUCAAAGUUUCAGCUUCAGCAAGGGUGAUGCAGCAAAGGGAAGUCUGAGUAAAGAGGAUGCAGCAGUUAUUUGUGUGGAGGCACUUGAGUCACCCCCAGAGGAAGGCCUAAUAUUUGAAGUGGUAAAUGGGCCAGAAAGGGUUACAGACUGGAAGGUGAAAUUUGCUGCCCUUAUUGAAGGCACUGUAGUAUCACAAUGACGCCCACUUCUUAUUGAUGGUUUGGUUAGAAUGAAAUUUGAGAUUUAGAUCGCAUUUAGAAGACGAACAACGUGAUGAUCACAACAAUGUAAAUUGAAUGAUUCUUUACGACGGUCUGUUCCUCUUGUGGCCGCGCUUUCCAUCAGAGUCUGCGUCCUUGGAGUCGGCGAAUGAGACGGAGAGAUUGCCGUAGAGAUCGACGAUGCGGCGGAUGUUGUCGUUGAGCUCUCGGAUGAGGCCGACGUUGCGGCUGAGGUUGUCGGGGAUUCUGGACUCGUGGUUCUGGUUGAUCUCGUUGAUCAGGAGCCUGUUCUGGUCCAGAAUGCUCUGCACCUGGAGGAAGUUCCUUUGCAAGGGAUCCAAGAGUUUGCCCUCGAUUUGACUUCCAUUGCCGAUGACCAAGGUAUCCAUCUCCAACAUCCCCUCCUCCUCUUUGUCGCCAGAAGCCCUUCAAAGUGAGACUUUAAAUCAAAUUCAAAAGGCAUAUCGGAAACUUCUUAGGGUUCACUAGGGGAGGAGAAAUAGUUGCCAAUGGCAGCUUCAUUUCAGAAAGGCAACAAAGGCAACGCAAGCGAGAUCAUAUGACACACAUGAUGCUCGCCGCGGCGUUCUCGAAGUCUCAUUUAACAAAUUCUUCUUUCGAACAAUCAAGACGAUAAUCGAAGAAGGAAAACGGAAAGAAAGGGAAAAAAAAUAGCCAUCAGAGCGCACGAACAGAGGAGAAAAUAAAACCAGGGAACCAAAUCGUACCGAAUUCACCAUGGCUCAAAAGAAAGCUCGAUUAGUGUCAUGAUACAUACCUCAGAGAGGCGAAGGGGAGCGGCGAGAGGAAGGAGAAGAUGAAGGAGCGAAAACCUCGAUGAUAUCGGCGAUUUAGUCGAAUCUGGAAAGGAAUGCAAAUGAGAGAGAGAGGUGCAGAAAAUCACGAAAAGAUUUGCUGUGGAGGAAAGCAGUGGCGUGGCCCUGUCCCCUCGUGUUUGGCGUAUGUGACUCCUCUCCUGAAGUGAUCAGAUUUGUCCAUUUAAAUCUUAAAAACUCAUGAUAAAUAUAGGGUUAUUUAUUUUA